AUGUUAACAAAGAUUGCACCACGGUAUGUAACGUCAUGUAUGAUGAAACAAACCUGUAAUCUUUUUGUCUUUUUAGAAUAAAACACGCAACCGAAAUGUAUUAAGUACAAACAGUUUACGAAAGGAUAUGAGAAGAAGUUCCCAGACGUAGAAGUUUCUGUAAAAAGACGAUGGAGUGGUUGAUUGGCUUGUUAAAAUCGAACCCAACAAUGACGGCGGUAGAGUCACCGGAAGCUAAAGCCAGGGUCACUGUUGAGACCGCUGUUUCGGAGAAUCCCAGGAGUGGCAAUGAACCUGUUGAAGGAUCGGGAGGUACUAACUUCAGCAAGGAACAAUUUUUGACAGUUGAUAUAGAGCUGUCCAAUGGAGAUGGAACAAUGGUACAACAGACUCGGACGCACUUAGUCCUUGUCGUUGAUAACAGUGGAUCUAUGGCCGGCCAGCCUUGGAAACAGGUUAAAGAGUCCCUUCAUGCUAUUAUUGGUUCCAGCAUAAAUCUGACUAACCUUAAAACAGAUCUUAUAGUGUAUAGUACCAAGGCAAAUCCUGUACCUUUCACCAUAUCGAACUACAAAGAAACAAUAGAUGGUCUUCAAGCAAGUGGGAUGACAAAUUUUGUAUCCGCCUUCAAGAAAGUAUAUGAUUCUAUUUCUUCAAGUAAAGAUUACACAAGAACAGUAGUAGUAUUUCUCACUGAUGGUCAGGACACUGUUAACUGUACUGAAAUUCGUUCACAUCUAAUACCUAAACUGAAGGAAGGAUUUGUUAAACAUUCUAAGGAGGCCACUGUCCAUGCUGUUGGGUUUUCUAAAGACCAUGAUUUCCGGUUCCUGAAGAAGCUAGCUGAGGAAGGUGGGACCUGUCCUGGGAUGUUCAGAUACUGUGAACCAGGCGAUGAUAAGCAGGCUUUACAGUCUAAACUUGACGAACUCUUUGACUUUAUUCUAGAAAGCAAUGAUAGGAAAGUUACCAUAGAAUUGCUUGGUGAGAACGGUACUAUUGUAGGACAGAAAAGUCGAUCAAAAUCUUCAACACUCAAUGCUAAAGUUGUGACUGAUGAUGGAGAAAACUCACAGAAGAACGUGACACGUCUUGUUGCGGAUUCGUGGAUAUUCCUGGAGGAUCCAAGCGACUUGCCGUCAAUGUCCAUCCUUGUGGAAACCGACAUGAAAAUAGAUGGUUCAGCAACACCAGUGACUAUACCUUGUGAAAUUGUGCAAAUAGAGAGGAGGUUGAUUGAGACACCAUCAGACAAGACAAGAUGGCGGCUUAGAAUACUUGAAAGAAAUGUCGACGAUCUGAUGAACCAAACCGCAAACGCCGUCGCGCAAAAAACAGACGUAUCACGUUUACAAGCCAGGGUAGAGAAAUAUCAGGAAAGUAUUUCACACACAAGAGUAUUUGGCAAUGGUAUUUCAAGAGGAGACCGGGAAGUGAUGUUCAACCUCAUCAAAGAAGUUCAAAGCAAUUUAGAUCAGAUACAGAAAAUGCUUGCAGAGUACAUGAGAAGCGGGACGGAUUCAAUAUCACUUCUGGCUAGAGCUCACGAUAUGAGAUACCAAGCUGUUUUCAACAAAGGCAGACGACAACGCAUCAUGGACAAACGCGCGUCAAAAAACAUGCAGCACGCUGCAAACGCUCAGAAAGAAUUAGCUGAGUUAGUUGUCAACCAAGACGAAAUCAAAAAUCUAUCCGAGGACGCACAGGAGUUCUAUUUUUGUGUAAUGUCCCAGAAUACAGUUCAGGAUGUGUUGCUAGGUGAUGACAUAGAUGAUGCAAUAGGGUUUGGUCUGGCUGUGAGGAGGAGCGAAGUUGUUUUAGAUGAACCAACAUUGAUUAGACUUCAUGUAAUCAGUGGUACACUGGUAAGCCGGAAUGCUAUGCUUGACGCCUUAGAGUACAAGAUCAACGUCAGUUCCCACCUAAAAGCACAUGGUGGCUUCGAGUUUGAUGAGAGUUCUCUUGGUGUUACAACUGUUGGCUCCAGUAGAGAACCAAUCAACGCAUGGCUACCUCUGUAUGUCACAGCGUCUCACUGGGAUAGAAUAAAGGUGAUUAUCAAACCAGCGCUUGGGUCUUUCUGUACGUUAGACCCACUGGGUUACCAUUUUAAACAAAUGGACGUACUGUUUAUGGUGCUGGGCUCUAUGAUUGGACAGUUGUCAGACAAGAACAUUGGAGAACAUCAACUUAAAUUGCUCUUUGCUGUACUGAGAACAUGUUCAGCGUGUUUAGUAGACUUUGAUAAGACGUCCGAGGUUUCGGAAAUUGUGAAGGGGUUUGUGGCUUCUCCUGUUGGAAGAACUAGGGACGUUAUACCAAAUCUCCAUACACUUAUUGGCUACAUCGUGGCAUUACCAUCAGAGACACAGAAAGAAAUAUUCCCUCACGAAGGGUCGAUGCGGCAAUUCUGGCUAGCUUUUAUAUCAGAGUGGCUAAGACGGGCAGCGGGAUCAGUAUACAAGGACACGACAUUAGUUGAUAUCAACGGCACCAUAAACUGCUUGAUAAAUGGCGCCAAUGCUGCAGAUGCUGUGGAAAGGAAACAAGAGAAACCAGUUUGCAAUUAUGCGAAAGAAUUGGAAAAAAUGUGUCUUCAGGGAGAUAGCAUUAACGUUGAAAUCACUGCUUUCGAUCCGGCUGCUGACCUAAAAGAUAUUGAAGCAGAUGUAGAACUUAAACAUUCAGAAGAGGUUGAUAGAGCAAUGGAAACAUGGGCAGAGCAAAAGAGCGGUUAUCAAAAGAAUUUAGAUCAGACGAAGAAGUAUAAAGCAGCACUACGACAGGUUAAUGAAUGGCUAAAUGAUAAAUGUGUCAUCUCAGUAAUAUCCAAACAUCUAGAGAAUGACAGUAAUAAAGAUGAUGAGGAUGCUAAAGGAGCUGCGGGGUCUAUGGAAGCGUCAAAAGAACCACCCGAAAGUGAUGCGCAGAGAAAACAAGAAGACACAGAAGCAACUGGUACUAACUAUGAUGUCGAGAAUAUCACUGAUUACAUUCUGAAAGUUAUUGCUAAGGUGCAAAACAGACUGAAGAGGUCAACAUAUCCAAACAUACUUUCUUUACCUGGGAUGAUAACAUUUGUAAAUACCUGGCUAGCGAAUGAACAUAGCAUGGGCGAUAUUGAUGCUAACAGUGGAAUAGCCCCUGACAAAUGGAUUGAGGAAAUUAAAUGUGCUAUCAAUGAAUCGUAUAUACAGCUAAAAUCUGAAACAAAAAGAGAAGAUAAAUCAGGAACUGUACAAACAGUUGAAGUACAGGGAAAGUUGAAUGAAGAAAUAUUGAACGUGUCUGAGACAACAGGUGUUGAACAAACUGAAAAGUCUGCUGGUACAACAGAGCAACUUGUGAAAGACUCCCAGUCAGAUGCAGAUCAGGUAGAGGAUGACAAUGAAGGUGACAAUAAUGACGAUGAUGACUUUAGUGAUGAUUAUGAUUCUGAUGAUUAUACGGCUGUAAGUGCUCGAAAAAGUAGAAAGACAAAAUCUAAGAAAUCAGGAGAAAUGAUAUGUCUACCACAGAUUAUCCGAUUGAUCGACAAACAAGCUGACGUAGUGCAGACUCUAAGAGCCAUGCUAUGUCAGGCUGUCCGUUUCCAUAGCAACAGCAGUGCACGUGCAGCCAGUGCUGAUAAGCAGCUGUUGGACAUUAAAGAUGGACAGGAGACGGUUAUAGCAAUACUUGUACUGAAUCACAAGUUUCUAGAUGAAUUUAAAGUAAAUGCAAGAAAAAGUGCUGUGGAAAGGGCAUUGUGGAAGAGAGCAAAUUACUGCAUGCUGUGGGCAACGACACCAUGGGCUUUCGUUGGAUACUUGAUGAACACGCAUACAAGCCGACUGGAAGGUUUCAGCGCCCUUAUUGACGUUUUCAUGUCAACCGUGUCUGAAGAUACAGAACUACCAUAUCUCAAAGAAAAGAUCCAUAUACUUCUUACUGGUCAAUACAAAACUUACGCAGUACUGGACAACGGUAAUCAAUGGCUGCCCGAGAAAAAGAUGGCCAGCAAUUUUAAAAAGCUACUUGGAAAAGAGAUAUGGGACGAGUUUGAGAUGGAACUUCGCUCCAGUGUUCAAAUACACGUGUAUCGCGAGUCAGAUAUUCCUAAUAGGCACGGACACUGUAAUUCCAAUCCGUAUAUACCAAACGCCUUAAGGCGUAAACUGGGUAUGGCACUAAUGCCCGAAAACACAAGAGCAAAAUCAACAAGAAAAAGAAGACGGUGACACCACUGAAAUAAAAAAAGAACUUUCUCUCUUAUGGAUUCAUUAUUAUUAUAUUGUUAUACGUCGAGUUAGCUUUGAUCAGAUGAUAUACUUACUGUACACACUUGAGCAAGAAUGAGAGGUGACACAGAAUUAAGAGUAACUGGGUGUAUUUACUGUUAUAAGCAAAUUGAGUACAUGGUGCAGAAUAAGAAUCAAAAUUAAACAUGCGGGUUUCAGUGUUGGACAUUAUGACUGACGUCUGUUUGAACGUUCGUCCGUAUAUGUAUCCGGUCAUAACCUGAAACGUACUAUAUAUAUAAGUUACAAUUUAUAUUGUUAUAAAACAUUCAGGUUGUGAUCGGCAGAUUACAUAUUCACCAUAUGCGACUUUGUAUUCUCCGGAUUUUAUGAUUACAUCCGAAGAAUGCCGAAUUGCCGAACGAGAAUGUAUACUCACACGGAAAUUGCCGAGUGUCAUUACGGUAUUUUGUGGGACAAAAUGAAAAAGUUGAAAAAAAACUAUAUAUUUGAACCAUACACUUCCCGAAAAGGUAUAGAUCUAGAUAGAGAUAAAACAAACAAAUUUCAGCUAUGCAAAUGGUCUCUUAAAUUUGG